AUGAGACCAUUAACAGAAGAAGAAACAAAAGUAGUAUUUGAAAAACUAGCCAACUACAUUGGCCGCAACAUUGCCGCUCUUAUAGAUAACCCAGAAAACCCACAUGUUUUCCGAUUACAAAAAGAUCGUGUUUACUACGUUUCUGAACAAGUUGCCAAUUUCGCCACUUCAGUAUCACGUCAAAACCUAAUGUCGUUGGGUACAUGUUUUGGCAAGUUCACCAAGACGGGUAAAUUUAAAUUACAUAUUACUGCAUUACCUUAUUUAUCACAAUAUGCUAAAUACAAGAUAUGGAUUAAGCAAAAUGGUGAAAUGCCAUUUUUGUAUGGUAACCAUGUCUUGAAAGCGCACAUUGGUCGUAUGAGUGAUGAUAUACCGGAACAUGCUGGUGUGAUUGUUUACAGUAUGGGUGAUAUUCCAUUGGGGUUUGGUGUCAGUGCUAAGCUGACGCAUGAGGCUAGAAAUGUGGCUCCAACUGGUAUAAUUGCAUUUAGGCAAGGAGAUAUUGGUGAGUACUUGAGAGAGGAAGAUACAUUGUUUACAUAG